AUGGUGGUGCGGGGCCAGCAAGAUCUGGACAUCAACAUCGUCCGCUGGGGGCUCCACCACCUCCUCGACGGCGGCGCCUCUCCCGGCGGCGGCGGCUGCGUGCACCGCCCUCAAUCCCCCACCACCGACUACGCCCCGCCGCCGCCGCAGCCCCACCGCGCCCGCGCCCUUCUCGACGGCUACGACAUGGCCCCCGCACCCGCCCCCGAGGUCAGGGUCGACGCGGUCGAGAACGACGAGGUCAUCGCGCACGCGCUGCAGGAGGAGCUCGCGCAGGUCGCCAUGGCCGAGGCGUCCGGGGCCGUCGGCGGCAGCGAGCCCGAGCGCCGCGCCACCGUCCUCGCGCAGCAGUGGUUCCGCCCCGAGGUCGUCAGCCAUCUGCCCUCAGCACCGCCGUAUGUAGAAGAAGCAGAGGGCUCAAGUCCACGUUCGAGCCCCGAAGAAGAUCGCAAUGCGCGCGACGGCCACGGGUGCUCGAUAGAGCUCGUGGACGAUUUCUCUGCUCUCGACGGCGAAGUCGGCAAAAGACUGAAUGACAUGGUCCCUGUCCCUCAUGUCCCUAAAACAAACGGAGACAUUCCUUCUUUUGAUGAAGCCUUUUCAGAUCACCGAAGACUUCUUGACAGGUUGGUGCUGUAUGGUCUGGUUGAGCUCAAGGUUAACGGAGAUGGCAAUUGUCAGUUUCGGGCAUUGUCUGAUCAAUUCUACCGAACUCCUGAACACCAUAGAUUUGUACGGCAACAAGUGGUCAAUCAGCUUCAGUCUCAUCCUGAGAUAUAUGCUGGAUAUGUCCCUAUGGAUUACAGAGAAUAUCUUAAGAAGAUGCCAAAGAAUGGAGAGUGGGGUGACCAUGUUACACUGCAGGCUGCUGCAGACUUGUAUGGUGUGAAGAUUUUCAUCCUAACAUCAUUCAGAGAUACAUGCUACAUUGAAAUUCUCCCAGUCGUUCAAAAAUCAAAUAGAGUUAUAUGUUUGAGUUUUUGGGCCGAGGUGCACUACAACUCGAUAUAUCCGGAAGGAGAGUUGCCCAUCGUGGAGAACAGAAAGAAGAGCUUGUCGGAUCGACGGUCGUUUUGUUCGACCAUGUGA